AUGCGCAAAGAUGCGACGAUCCAAGGCUCUCUCAAUCACGAUGUCACCUACCAAACACUGGACUUGGGACCAGGAAUUGUAUCAAUACAAUGGGGGCUAGCACAUCAGCACGGCACGGCAAGAUCCUUGUCAAAGCGAGGUGUAGAUGUUCUGGAUGCUGCAGAUGAGUGCCUGUUCAAAAAGAAGUGCAUCACAUUUACCAAUGAAGACGAUAUCAGCUGGCUAAAGCGUGAGAUGGGCGAUAUCAAGGAGGGCAUGAAGGAAAUUGCAGAGCAUUUGCAAGGAGAUGUGGAUUACAAGUUGGAAGAGAUUCUUGUGUACCUUUGA